CCUGUCUGCCCUGUCUGUGUUGUUUUUGUGUGCGUGCAGAGUGAGGACGUGUGCUCAGGUCCUUUUAACAAAGAGCCUGGACACUGUGAGUGAAUGUAUGUGUGAUGUGACAGCUUAGACACUGCCUUUCAUCAUUUGCACUUAUGACACAGACCUAUUUAUUUUUAUUUAUCCGAGAUUUUGCGGAGCCAAAGCAAUAUAUCUGACACGGGCAGCGUGGAGCUUUGUUUAGUCGAAUCAAGACUCACUGUCUGUUUGAUUUAGUUAGAUAGUUUUUGUUACUGAUACUUGAGAGAAGAUGUCCACUGAGUGCCAGAAGACCACUGCCAAGGCCAUCCCGUCCACCAGGAGGGUGACCAUUAACGACGCAGCGCACAUGCCCCAUGACUACUCUACAACUCCCGGAGGCACCCUGUUCAGCACCACCCCGGGCGGAACAAGGAUCAUCUAUGAUCGGAAGUUCCUGCUGGAGCGCCGUAGCUCUCCAGUGACCAGAACUCCUCCACAAGGCCUGCCCAACAUUCCUGGUGUGACCAGUCCUCCCUCCAAAGAUGAAAAGACUCAAAACGGAGAACUACUGAACAACAACAACAUCACUGCUCCUGAAAGUAGCAGCACUGGUGAUGAUGCUCAAUUUGAAAUGGACAUCUAGACCAUUCCGGUACGAGUGUUAAUACAUCAGACUUCUUGAUAUGAUGCUGUGAAGAAAGCCUCAGGAGCCUGGUCUGUUUCCCUGACAUCCAUUCCAAGAGGACAGAGGUUUCCCCUCCAUGUCUUCAGUGUCUUAAAGUCUGUCUGUAUCGAACAUGUUUUCCUGUUUUUGCCCAGAACAAAUUCUAAACUUUCUUUUUGUUGUCUGCCUGAAGGCUUAACCCUGAUUUAUAUGUGACUAAGUGUGCCUUCCUGUAGUGGCUAUGAGAUAAAAGUCAACACUGAGAUAAAUUUUACACCAACUGAGCCUGAUCUCUGAGGACUGUGAAAAAUGAAAUAAAAUGAAGGUCAGUGUAGGAAAAAGAACAAUUAAAAUCUGCUGAAUUUCUAACUAUAUCUGAACCUUAUGUGCUUUUAUUUCCUGACACAUCUUGUCACAAACUGCCUUCAGAUCUUUUAAGAUGGUCGGUAAUUUGUCAUUCAGCUGUUAUAAACGAGUUCCUCUCCUGAAGUGUCAUACAGAGAAUGUAAAACUUAAUUUUCUGAUGAAAUUUUGAAACAGAUUUUCACACGAUUUGUAAGGUGACAAACCAUUAAAACAAACACCAUGAAAGCAAAAA